AACUUACAGAGUUGAGCUCUGAGCCGCCGCAUGCAAGCACGUGCCUGCAAUAGACGCAAGGCUCCUUUGUACACCUGUCGAGAGUAGGUUUUUUACUUGUCACUAACGUAUCUCUGUUGAAAAUAUAGAUUUUCUCGUUCGAUUUCUCCCACCGCCGCUUCGCUAUGGUAUUUGGUUUCGACAUUUCGGAUCCAAGAUCCAAGUUCUUUAUUCCACUUACCUGAGAAUAAGUCAGGGAAUCAUUGAACUCGGGAAGAUUACUUUUGAGUAGUCGUGAAAAGGCCGUGAUUUUCUGCACUACUUUCCCCCGCAAAGCUCACAGUACAUGGGAGAGCAAAAUGUCUAGCCAAAACUGUAACAUCAAUAGCAUGAAGCCCUUUCCUUGCUGCUAAAUCGGAGGACUCGCUACUGCAUAAUUCCGAACAUUCUAAUAGCCUGGAUUUUCUCCAUCAUUUUCUACCGCAAGUCAUAACUUCUGCUCUGGCGAGACAGAAACAACAAAACGGUCUCUAACCUCAAUCCGGAUGUUUUAAACUGUGUGUGACUCUUAAUUUUGGUAAAUCUAUGAGUACACGCGAUUUGACCAUAGAGACGUCAAGGGAUGAUCAGCACCACUCUACCGGAAACUCAGGCAGUCUAGUAUUUUUCUCCGUUAUCUAUGAUCGGAGGUGAUCUCCAGCCUCGGAAAAAGAUUCGGGAAGGUGUCGCUGGUGUCGCGUGCUCGAGACGGGGCCGCCGAAGAGAAAGAAUUGUCAGAGCACAAACAAGUCUAGCAGUCUUUGAAGAAACGGAUUAAAUUAUUUCGACAGAAAUGGUGGUUUUUACAUGUAAUGCAUGUGGAGAAUCUGUAAAGAAAGGACAAGUUGAAAAGCAUGUAAAUAUGUGCCGGAACUGUGAAUGCCUUUCUUGCAUGGACUGUGGCAAAGAUUUCUGGGGUGAUGACUACAAAUGUCAUGUUAAGUGCCUAAGUGAAGACCAGAAAUAUGGUGGCAAGGGUUAUGAAGUCAAAACUCACAAAGGAGAUGCCAAACAGCAGGAAUGGAUUCAGAAGAUUCAUGAGACAAUAAAGAAAACAAACAUUAAUCCCAGAGUUCAAGAUAUAUUACAACAGAUAUGUGCAUAUGACAACAUUCCAAGAAAAAAAAAGAAGUUUCAGAACUGGAUGGCCAACAGUUUAAAAAUACAUAACACUGCUCUACAGGAUCAGGUGUGGGAUAUUUUUGCAGAAGCUACCAGUAAGGAGACAAUUGAAAAUCAUUCUGCAAAAAAUGUAACUGUAACUGUGCCGACUCCAUCAGAAGACAAUGUAAAAACAGAGAAACCUGUACAGAAAAAGUGUGAAAGGAAACAAAAGGAAAAGAGGGAAAAUAUCAAAAAGCCAAAAGAAAUAAGGUUACAAGCUCAAGAAGAGAAUUUGCUUAUAAAAAGCAAAAAAUCUAAGAAAGAAAAACUAAGAGAUGAGAAUGCAAAAAUGUCCAAAAGUUAUUAUUUGAAGAUGGCAAAACAGGAAGCAGUUGAUUCAACUGAUUUGGAAAAGAAUGGAAAUUGCCUUGAUGCAAAAGAGCUAGGGGCCAAAGUAAACAUGAAGAAACGCAACCUCUCUAUAGAUGAAUCUCCGAUUGCACCCAAAAGAAUGAACAAUCCAGAAACUGAGGAAAAUGAGGACACACAUCAAGGUAAAUUCAGUUGGAAAGGAACCAUAAAAGCUGUUCUGAAGCAAGCACCUGACAAUGAAAUAUCAAUUAAGAAACUAAGGAAAAAGGUUUUAGCCCAGUAUUAUGCAAUAGAAGGUGAUCAUCACAAAUCUGAAGAGGAAAUUCUGGCCCUGUUUAAUAAGAAAGUCAAUAGCAACCCUAAAUUUCGAGUAUUAAAGGAAAAGGUUAAACUUUUAAAAUAGAUUGCUAUGGUCAAAUGAUCUGGUUUUGUACAUUGAACCUAAUUUUGCUAUGAGAUAUAAAAAUAGUUUUCAUUAAUAUAUUUCCUUUCUUUCACCUACCAUUUAUAUUGAUAGGAAAUUAAUUUUCAGAAAAAUAUUUUUCUUGUAAAGUGACAAAAUAUCCAUUAAAAUAUUUCUGGUAUUACUCAUAAA